UUACUUUCGGUUUAGACUUGAACGGGUGGAUUUCGCUGGAUCAAGUUAAAGUUAUGGCUGACGCAGUUCUGCAGUCUGGGAAAGGUGGUUCCUGUCCAGAGUUAAGGAUUGUUUUAAUCGGGGGAAGAAGAAGCAAAAGAAGUAAAAGUUCUACUGGAAACUUGAUACUCGGUCAAAAUGUUUUUGACACCAGCAGUAGAACUGCUCAAAGUACAGCGAGACAGAGAGAGGUUCACGGCAGACUAGUGACUGUGGUUGAUACUCCGGGAUGGUGGUGGGAAUAUUCACGAGAAGACACUUCAGAACUGGACCAGAUAGAAAUCCAGAACAGUGUCCAUCUUUGUCCUCCAGGCCCUCACGCCUUUCUUCUGGUCAUUUGUGUUGAGUUUGAUUUUCCUCUGAUUUUCAAAUCAUCUCUGAUAGAACACUUGGAACUUUUUAAUGCAGAUGUGCUCAAACACACAAUUGUGCUGUUCACUGCGUUUUCCCUGUAUAGAGAGAAAAAGAUUCAACGUUUUAUUAAGAAAUACCCAUCAGUUCAGCAGAUUCUUCAACUAUGUGGAAACAGAAAACAUUUUCUUCAUAUCAGUGACAGCGCUGACAGAACCCAAGUCUUGGAGCUGUUCAGGAAAAUUGAAGAACUGGUUACAAACAACCUCAACAAUCCUUACUCAGUGGAUGAAACUCAAGGAAUUAUUUUGACACAAAAACUUCAAAGUUUUGUAAAAAAUGCAUCAAGAAGACGCAACAAAGUGCAGAAAAAAAGACAGAAGCUCAGAGCUCUGAUUGAAGUACCUGCAAGUAUCAAGAACUCCCCUGAUCAUUUAAAGUUGAUCAUAGUUGGUCCUCAGUGGUCGGGCAAGAGUUCAGCAGGAAAUAUUAUUCUAGGAAAAGAUGCAUUUAAUGUAAAUAAAAACUGGGAUAGUCCAAGAGCAACACAAUGUGAAAUAGGUCACGUUGUGUUUGCAGACAGACGACUUACAAUUGUAGAUUCUCCAGGCUGGUUUUACAUCCACACCCUUCAGGACACCAGUGAGAUGAACAAACUAGAAAUAGAGAAUAGUUUGUAUAUGUGUCCUCCGGGACCACAUGCAGUUCUCCUUGUUAUUGUUCUUGGAACUGCAGUUNCUCUGAGAGAGGAUGCAGACAAAAGAGCCAAAAAGAUGAAGAAGAUCGUUGAAAGACAGUCAAGAGUACUGAAAGAAAUCUUCAAAGAGGAGAGACAGUCACUCAGUGAGCUCAGAGUUGUUCUGUUGGGUCAGAAAGGAUCAGGAAAAAGUGUUGUAGGAAAUUGGAUUCUGUUCAUGGAAAAAUUUGAAGGAUUUUACACAGCUUGUAUUAAGAAGGAAAAUGAAAAUCAAAGAGAUCCUGUGAAACAUCGAGGAGAUUUUGAUGGAGUUAAAGUCUCAGUUGUUGAGGCUCCAGGCUGGUACAAAGAUACAAAAGCUCCUGACUGGCUCAAACAUGAAGUUCAUCGUAGUGUUUCCAUGUGUGAUCCGGGGCCUCACGCUUUUCUCCUGGUUGUUCCCGUUUGUAAAUCAUUCACUGAAAAAGAUCUCAGAGAAUUUGUUGAGUUCCUGAAGCCCUUCACUGAGAAAGUGUGGGCACACUGCAUGGUUCUGUUCACAUUGGGAGAAUGGCUCGGUAAACACUCAAUAGAGGAUCACAUUGUCAGAGAAGGAAAAGCUCUUCAGGAGUUGUUGGUAAAGUGUGGUAACAGAUACCAUGUUUGCAACUUGGAUUAUUCUGAUAAUCCUGCACCAGUUAAAGAGUUAUUCCAAAAAGUUAUUGACAUCUCAACACGAAACAGGGGAUGUUUCUCACAAAAAAAAGAGCAAAAAAGGCAAGUAUUUUUACCCUGGCAAACUAAACAGUCAACCCUGACAGAAGAGUGGAAGAAGAGAGAACAGAUGCUGAUUGACAGAAUGAUGAGAGCUUUAGCGAAUGAACCAGAAGAAACAGGAAUACAACCUGUGAAGGUGGCAGGAAGCAUGAAUGAUGCCUUUAUUCCUGACAUGGGUGGAGAUGUCAUAUCCGAGUAUGGGAGCAUCUCAGGACUUCAAAGAGGACACAGAAAUGUUUCUGAAUGGCUGAGACAACGUACUAGAUUCUCUGAUGUUACCUCUGGCAUUGGCAUCGCUUCUUAUAUAGCAAGUUGUGUGUUCUCCUUGGAGGGGUUUCAAGAAAAUCCUGCAUUGGGUUUAGAACAUCUGAAGAAAGAAAUCCUUGCAACUUUACGAGCCAUUGAAAACACAGCAAAUAUUCACCGCAGAUACUCAUUUUAGACCAUACAGAUACAUACCUGAAACUGAAAUAUAGAACAAAGAAAACGUAAAAAUUGACUUAUGCAUUGACGCAUUGACUUACUUUAGCCUUUAAGAAAUUGGAUUUUCAUUCAUGAUUCAUUCAUUCAUUCAUUCAUUCAUAAUUGUGAAUAAUGU